AUGGGAAACCCUUCCGACCCCCCUCCCUCUUACGAACAGGCGACCGGCGCUUCAUCGUCCACUCCGAGUGCUUCGUCGUUUACUCCCAGUGCUCUCGACGAUCUCCACUAUCCAUCCAUCACCUACCAUAGCUUCUCCUGGGAUACCCGCACCUCCCAUGUUGCUACGUUGUCACCGUCCUUGAGCGAGGAUGCCUCUGCUCUUCACAGCCUGAUCACCCGCCAAGCGCAAGUCCCGCCGCGACUCUGUCUGACGGUCCGUGGAGCCCACACCGAGACACGGUCGCGUCCGAACCGCAAGGAAAAUGACACCGAGACGAUCAUCGAUUUCGAAUUCCAGAUCGACCUGACGCCGUAUUUUGUGCCGCCGCCCGACCAACAAGACCAAUGGCACGAGCUCCGCGUCGUGUCGGACGACGACGGGAUCAAGACCUACCGCGGCGGACGCUGCCGGUCGCGAUCGCCCAGACACGGCGCUGACAAGCGGUCGCAUUCCUCAGCUAUUGACCAAGACGAAGAGACGGCUUUGGUGGGGAAUGACCGGUCGGGGCCGGGUCUGAUGGGGUGGUGCGAGCGGUUCUGCGAGGAACGGGGGGUGAAAUCCUUCACCUACACCCGUCGCGUCGUCGGUCUCGACGUCUCCAUCCUCCGUUCGAUCCUCACCUCGCACAUCCGCUCGCUCAACUACCAGGGCAACAUCCGAAUCUCCGCGAACCUGACGAACAAGUCCAUUGUGGUGUACUCGCCGCACUGGAUCAACCGACUGCGCAACCACGGAUUUCUCUACUAUUUCUGUAUCCUGGCGCAGCUAUGGAUCCUGACCUGGCCCGGUCAUCUGGUGGCUGGAACGCCGCUACACCGUAGUCGAGUCGGACUGGUUUGUGUCGCGCCCGACCGGCGCGGGCAGGACCUACGCUGGGGGCCGUGA